GUCGCAACCAGCCAUCAGAGUGAAACUGACCAUGUGCCUGCUGCGCCAUGUAAUGCUGAAAAUGCUCAGGAGAGAAGAGCAUCUUUGAACCAGAUGUGAGGGUAACGAAACUAUCUGGAAGGCAGAUCAGAGGGAGCUUUAUGUCAUGGGUGUUUACUGCAAUGUGACCUCACUGGAGGCCCAGACACAGAUUAACACCACCAUCUACCAGCUGGUGAAGAUGGUCACCAUGUGUGUGAGCUGCACCUUGAACACCGUACUCAAUGUUCCUUUGCUCCUGGUCCUCAUGCGCUCCCCGUCCCUCCUCAGACACACUCGCUUCCUGCUCCUCACACACCUCCUCUUGUGUGACAACCUCCAGCAGCUCAUCUGGACAGCCAAAGCAGUUGUCCUAAAAUCCAGAGGGGGUAUACCUGUGACCCACUGUCUGAUCUUCAGUGCUGCUAACCAGGCCUGCUCAUUGGUGGACCUCUUCCUUAGCACCGCUCUGUCCGUGGACCGAUUUGUAGCUGUCAAGUGGCCCCUGCGCUAUGAAUUCUUGAUGUGUCCUCAAAGGAAGAGGGCAACUAUUGCAGCCAUAUGGACCUUAUCAGCUGUGCUCAGCAGUGUGGCUCUGGGUAUCAGCCUCAACACCAUCCAGGUCAAUUUUACUAUUCCCCGCUGUCGACCUCUUAUCAUUACACCCUGCCUGUCAGGGACAUCAGCUCUGGUUCUUUACUGCACUGUGGGAACUGCUGUUGUGGUGCUUCUCUGUGCUCUGACCAUCCUUGCGUGCUUCUGCCUGCUCUGCUGGGACAUGCGCAGGGGACUGCUCUGCACCAAGAGAGCUUGUGUGACCCUGACCCUCCAGGCGGCUCAGACCAUACUCUUCUCUGUUCCUUUGGUCAUGGACAGCUACCUGAUUCCUGGAUACCUGCACAGUGAUGCUCUUGAUAUAGCAGCCACCAUCAUCUUCAGUCUGGGGGUGUCACUCAUCCCUCUGGUUUAUGGCUAUCGCUCGCGGGAGCUGCAGCAAAGGAUACGACAGGCUGCGCACAGGAACAAAGUCCAGGACCAAAAUUAGGUUACAGUCUUGGAAAUAAGGGCUCCAAAUGGGUUCCUACUGAAAGGCUGAGGUUCUACCCAGAAACAUUUGC